ACGUGCUGACGUCACGCCUGUGAACAACAAACGGUUGUUGGACUUUUCACAAGCUAGCUUACCUUGCGAGACUUGUCGCGGCGGCGGACACAAACACCUUCGUCCCCCUUUUUUUUUUUUUCUUCCUCCGGCUGCCCGAGCUCCAUGUGACUGGAAACCAUCCUCCCGUCUAAAGUGUGUCGAGCAGGUGUGUUGUCCGGAAGCCUGGAAGUAACAUGUUGUGUGACGCCUGUUUUCUUCUCUAGCCGCCCGCUCUUCAAAGAAGCUCGUGAUGUGACUUUUACAGCCGGACGGAGAAAGGGACGUAACAUCUUUAUUUUUAUUAUAAUUUUUUUUUUUUUCAAGCCCAGGAUAAUGGACUUUGUCCGAGCGAGCAUACACGGCCUUGGGUGUCAUUGUUGCUGGUCAACUUUAGCCUGCAAGCUAACGGCAGCUCGCUUCCCAAUACAGAUGAAAGUAAAGCCGACUUCGAUGACGUAAUGGGGGCAAAAAAAAACCUGAAUUAAGUGUGCAAAAGUUGUCUUUCUAGACUGUUGCAUUGCUCAUGUCAUAAACCGGCAUCUUAUGCUGUGUUAUUAAUUACCUCUACACUGGCCCUCCUAAUUCAAAAGGCAAUAAUUAAUUGUAUUUUUUUGCACCGACAAGGUUCCUGUCUGCCAAGGUUUGUGUAGUAAUGACCUAGCCCAACCGGACAUGAAAAUAUGAAUAUCGAAGAGCAGCGUUUAGAUUUGUGCAACGCCAAGACCAAAGCUAGUGAAGAACACAACACCGGCAUCAUCAGCGACGGGGUCAUCCCAUGCAUUUCCGAGCUGAUCGCAGAAACGAACAUCCCGGCCGAGACCAUGCCUCAGCUCACUGACAACCUCCAGGCGGUGGAGGGGGACAACCACCAGGUGAAGGACACACUGGAGAUGGACCAGGUCAAUGGGAACCCCAAUGACGGGGAUCACAAAGACAAUGGCGGCGUGGAUGGAACGAAGGACGCCAAGGAGCCUUCGAGUUAUGAUGACGACGGCGGGGAGAUGGACAUGGGCGUGGAUCUGAGCCUCGAUGAGAGCGGCGUCUUGGAGGAGGCUGAGUCGACGCAUGUCACGUCGCCGUCAGAUGAUGUUCUGCAUGCCUCCGGCCAUGUUGUCCAGGCCGGGACAGAGGCAGACGCAGUCCAGGCGGACACUGAGGUUUCUGUUGCCGAGCUCCAGACUGUGCUGUACCCCACGGUGGAGGAAGGGGACGAGAAACACAAACUGAGCGGCAAGAGGGUGAAAUUUCCUUCGGAUGAGGACAUCGUUUCUGGAGCAGUGGAACCCAAGGACCCCUGGAGACAUGCUCAGAAUGUGACGGUGGAAGACAUAGUGUCUUCUUACAAACAGGCGUGUCAGAAGCUGAACUGCAAACCUAUUGCCAAAGUGCUCAAACAGAUUCAGGAACUUAAAGACCUUACGCAGCGGAACGAAUGCUUGGAUCUAAAAGGUGAAAAGUUGGACUACAAGGCGUGCGAGUCUCUGGAAGAGGUUUUGAAGAGAGUCCAGUUUAAAGUGAUCGACUUGGAGCAGACUAACCUGGAUGAAGAUGGUGCCUCGGCUCUGUUUGACAUGAUCGAAUAUUACGAGUCUGCCACGCAUCUCAACAUCUCGUUCAAUAAACACAUCGGCACGCGAGGAUGGCAAGCCGCCGCUCAUAUGAUGAGAAAGACGAGCUCGCUCCAGUAUCUGGAUGCGAGAAACACUCCUCUGCUGGACCACUCGGCUCCCUUUGUGGCUCGAGCGCUCAGGAUCAGUGGCAGCCUGGCAGUCCUCCAUCUGGAGAACGCCGGGCUGUCGGGGCGACCGCUCAUGUUGCUGGCAACGGCCCUGAAGAUGAACAUGAACUUGCGGGAGUUGUAUCUGGCAGACAACAAGCUCAAUGGCCUGCAGGAUUCAGCCCAGCUUGGCAACCUGCUCAAGUUCAACUACAACAUUCAAAUUCUGGACCUGCGCAACAACCACAUCCUGGACUCAGGUUUGGCUUACGUGUGUGAAGGACUAAAAGAGCAGAGGAAAGGCCUCGUCACUUUGGUGCUAUGGAACAACCAGCUCACACACAACGGCAUGGGUUAUCUUGCUGCUGCACUACCUUGCACCCAGAGUUUGGAGACACUGAACCUGGGCCACAACUCAGUGGGUAAUGAGGGCAUCCACAAGCUGAAGGACGGAUUGAUUGCCAACCGCUCUGUGCUGAGACUAGGCCUCGCCUCCACCAAGCUGUCUUGUGAAGGCGCUGUGGCGGUGGCCGAAUUUAUAGCCGAGAGCCCUAGGCUGCUGCGCUUGGACCUCAGAGAAAAUGAGAUCAAGACUGGUGGACUUAUGGCAUUAUCGCUCGCCAUUAAAGUCAACACAUCUCUUCUGCGCCUUGACCUGGACCGGGAGCCCAAGAAAGAAACAGUGAAGAGCUUCAUUGAGACCCAGCGUGGGCUGCUGGCUGAGAUCCAGAAUGGCUGCAAGAGGAACUUUAUCCUGGCCAAGGAGAAAGAGGAAACCGAUCAGAAGAUGAGGCAGUCGGCAUCCAUGGCUGAAAUUGCCACUGAAGAUGGAAAAGGAGAAGAAGAGAAGGAGGAAAGCAAAGCAGCAGGGGCGCAAGGGGACAAAGAGGAGGACAUGGGGACAGUUAGUGAAGGACAGCCGAGCAGCCAGUCAGCGGCGAACUCGGAGACGCAGGUUCCUCAAAUUAACAUGGACUCCGACUCAGACACUGAGGAUGAGGAGGACGUUGAGGUUAUCACCAAGUCCUCCUCUGCAUCAAAUCAGAUUGCUCCUCAAGUCCAAUUGUUGGGCGAAACCACGUCCAAACACACGCCCCCGCCUGCCUCUCCCGGAACAAACGUUGUAUCUGAAAUCCCCAUCACAGACGCCUCAGUCCCUCCGGGCACCCCUCCCUCUCCCGGCCGCUGCAUAUCCGUUUCAAGUCCAGGGCGGGGUCACAAGAUCUUCAUGGUAACUCGGGUGGAGAGCCCACCUGAGCCGCAAAUAGGUGAGGUCCCAUCUCCCGGUCUGAAUACUUUACAAACAAGCACAGCCACUGCAGAGGCGCCGCCCGCAUCGCAAACACAGCAGGAGGUUGCGAAGCAGAGUCCUCACGUCCACAAUACGACACUGAAUCACACACUAGAGCCCCCGCCCACACAGAACGUCAUUGCCAGCACUUUAGACACACAUCCGACACCAGCCUCGCCUUUAUCAGCUUUACCUGCACAGGAUGCAGCCAAUCAGCCGCCUGAGGAUGCGGCGCGCCACACUACAAACACUCCGCCCGAGUCGCCCAGUGAGGAGCCUGCUGAAGAAAAGGAGAAAGAGGUUCCUUUAAUGGAGGAGGAGAAAGACACAAGCGGAAACACCAAAGACAGAAUGCACCCAUGUGCAUUGCAAGGCUCAGAGACACAGAACAAUACUGAAGACGAUAAGCCCACACUUAACUCAUCCACUGCAACAGAGGAGUACAGCCAGAGUCCACACCCGCACAAGGGACCUAAACAGGAAGUAGAUCCGCCUAUUCUCUUUAAACCGCCCACACCGGAGGACUCUACCGACGAAAGCUCUACAGACGAGGACGAGUGUUUGGCCGAGGUUCUGACCGACGAAGAGGGCGAGGUCGCAGGUUCACUUCUGCCCAACGGCCUGAAGCAAGAGUUCUCUCUCCACCUUCUCGACACAGAGAGCCCCAAACCUGGCAGCUGUGUGAUGGAACACGUGAGUGUCAGCUGCACACAAGACCUGGAGGAGCUGCUGCUGGAAGCCAGUUUGGAGACUGGGAGAGAUGCACCGUGAAUAAGGUCAUCUGAGGACAGGAGACGUCAACUCUCUCUGUCGCAUUUCUCCGACUUUACCCACCAAGUGUCCGAGCUCUAAACGAUCCAAGCAAGUUCCUGAAGGACAUAAUCAAUGUGACAUCACUACAUUAACUGAACACACAGCGUGUGUGUGUGUGUGUGCGUGUGUGUUACCAUGUUGUCAUCACUACUCCUUCAAUCUUCACAGGAUUGGGGCAUAGAAGAAGAAAAAAAAAACACUAACCAAAGACCAACCCUUUUGUCAUGUUUGUGUGGACUCCAGGAUACAGAGACACUAAUGGAAAUAGUCCUCCCACCUGCUUUGACGUGGUCAUAAUGAAGACUUCACUGUUUGUCCUCCUGCUCCUCUGGUGUGCUUAAAAACUUUCAAAGGGACCUUUGCCAAAGUGACCUCGCUAUCGUCUCGUCUGUGUGUCGCUUUGGCCCCCUCAGGAACAAACUCCACCCAAAUCGCUGGCGUCAGGUUUGUUAAUCAUAGUCUUUACAACACGUUCAAUUCCAUAGAACUUUUUUUUUGUUUGUUUUUUUUCUUUUGGCACCUUUGACAAAUCAAGUAUUUUCUAUUUAUUUAAUGGAUAUACAAGUGUUUUGAUUUAAGCCCCAUUUGAUCUUUUUCACUUAUUCUUCAAGACCCCUCUUUAUUUGAUGUAUAUUUCAAUAAUUAGUUUUUUUGAAAGGGGAAGUUUGGAAUGGUUGACUUCCGAUGCUGUCGGUGUGCCGCUCCGCCUGCUGGCUACCAGAGGGCGCUGGCAAACUGCAGGCAAGUCCAAUAACAUAUUUACUGCACCCAGCAGACCAUUCUAACAUUGCUGUGCUGCCCCUUAAUUACUGUAAAUGCUUUCAUUUUUAGACAUUUUUAAAAAAUCGUUAACUUAAUUGAACUGUGCUGGUAAUCACAAAGAUAUGUAUGCAGGCAAAAGUUGCUCCAUUCCCAAUAAAUGCAUGUCAUGGCUCAA